GGGAAAUUUUGGAGGGGACAGCUUUGGGUAGUACAAAAAGCGCCUCAGAGUCGGGGUGGCGAAGGCAUCACGAGUGGGCAUGUGAGUGUGUGAAUGCGGUUCUGUUUCCUUUUGCUUGGGUCUCCACAGACGGUUUCCCAUUUUCCGUGCUGUGCACAUACACACACACACACACACGGCGUCGUUGUCGUCACUCUUUUUUUUUCUUGGACAAAUCCUCCCGUUGUUUUUUUUUGUGUGUGUGGGAGUCAAAGUGACAACAUUGAUAGACCCUGAAGAAAAAGAAAUUGUGUAUUAAGAGGAAAAUUUGUCGAGAAAUUUGUGCGUGUGUUUAUUCGUUAAGUGUCGAGAGUUCUGAAGCCAGCAGACAACUCAGCGCGCGGCCAUUGUUCUUCCCCUGUGUCUCCCCCGCCACAACUUUAUCCCAAACUUUUUUUUUUUUUUGCCGGGGCACCUUCAACUCAUUUUUUCAAUUUCAUCUGUCCAUUAAAUAGAGACGAUAUUUGUGCGUCUACACACAAAUUGGCAUUAAAUUGCACCCUAAAAAAAAACAUUUUUAGGAAGCCGGUUAGAAAGAAGAAAAAAGGAAGGAAGGGGGAUUUCUGUGUGUGUGUGUGUGUAUAUGUGUUGUUGGGGAGGGGGGAGAAACAGUGUGUGUGUGCGCGCCAGGCCCAGACCGAAUGGCCUUGCCUGUGCAUAUUUGCCGCCAGUCGCGUCCAAGAUGGAGGAUGCCAUCAGCUGUGGAGUAAGAGUAGGAACAACCAGCAGCAGCAGCUACAGCAACGCGGCUCAAGUGCGAGUGGUGUGAGUGGUUUGGUGGUGGUGUAUGUUAUAUUGUGUGUGGAUGUGUGUUUUUCUCUUUGCCACCUUUUCGUUUUUGGGGGGGUCCAAAUUGAAAAACCCGAAAAUAUCUUCACUUCGAAUUUGGAGAAGAUAAUCAUUUGAAUAAAAAACUAAACGUUCACGAGAAGAAGAUAAGGAAAAAAAAAGUGUCGUGGUGCGUGUGUAUACCUCGUGCGUCCUGUGAAAAUAAUCCUACAUCAAGUUUUGAAAAUCAGUAGGCAAAAAAUCAUAUCACUUGGAAUGCAAUUCGUCAUCGACUGCUGCCGCCAUCUUUAAUCCCAAAAUAAAAUAACAUUUUUUUGUCGUCCAUUUCUUUUCGCCAGAUUGGCGAAAUUGCUGGUGUGAUUUCCUUUUAUUUUUUGGGCCGCUCCGCUCCGCUGUGGAGAGGACGACGCCGUGGAGGACUCGCCGUGGCUGGACCACUGCGACCAAGCGACCCGCCCGCCGCCUACCACCAGCAGGGGCCGAGGUCUACUUAAGGCAGCCCAGCUUGCUUCCGCUAGCCGCCGUUGAUUGACCAUGAGCAAAGAGAGCAAAGAGAAGAGAGACAAGAAAGGGGGCGGGGCAGCCGGACAAGCCAACCAGCAACAACAAGCCCCUCCUACCUCGUCGUCGUCGUCAUCGUCGUCGUCGUCUUCGUCUUCGUCGUCGUCGAUCGGCAGUUCGGUGUCUCCAUCUCACGGCUCUUCGGCGCCCGGCUCCAACAGCAACGGCGUCAACAACGUGUCGGCCAACAUCAUCAACAACCUGCAGUCGGAGAACAGUCCGACCACGCCGGCCACCUCUUCCGUGCCGCCCCUGGCCCUCCAGCAGCCGGCCACGCCCACGUCGUCGUCGAGCACGUCGUCGGCCGUGUCCAAUUCUUCAUGCCCCGAUUCGUCACCACCGCCACUGCAGGCCGAUCCGUCCGGCAGCGCGGUGGCCGUCAAUCACAAGGAAGAUUCGGGCUUGUUACAACAGCAACAACAACAACAACAGGGCGUGUCGUUAGUGAGCAAUGGUGAGAACAAUUCGAGUGAUUUGUUGUUGACGCCAGGUGACGUGGUAAACAAUCAUCAACAUUCACCGUCGUCAGUGGUCGGCGGAGGAUCAGGGGCGCCCUUGGCAUCGUCGCCGCAACAACAACAACAACAUGGUGGUGGGGGUGGUGGGGGCGGUGGUAUUGGCAAUCAUUUAACUAGCAACGGACCGCCCACUCCAUCGUCAGGUGGUAACGGUGGAGGUUCAAAUCUCCUCGACCUGAAAGGACCCAACAGUAACAAUAUGGUCAACGCCAAUGGAUCGCUCCUGCCCUCCGGCAUGGAGAGUUUCCUCAACGAUCCUGGACAAGACGCGUUUCAUUUUUCGCCCAUCGAGUCGGUGAAAUCCGGUGGGGGCGGCGAGAUGAUGGGCGGAUCGGGUCCCGAUGGUUCUGGCGGACCGGACGGCGGCAUGUUUGUCAAUCAGCUGUUGAAAAUGGAAGACGGCCUCAGCGGAGCAGACUUCGGUCAUCUUUCUGACCCGUGCCAAGGAAACCCGAUGGGCAUGGGAAUGGGCAUGCCCGGCAACGUGAUGAUGGGUGGCGGACCGAUGAUGGGUGGCCCCAUGGGUGGUCCCAUGAGCGGACAGAUGGGUGGACCCAUGGGUGGACCUAUGGGAGGACCCAUGUCCGGCAUGGGUGGACCGGUUGACGGUGGCGGCAUGGUUGGCCAAUCGCCCCAGCAGCAGCAGCAACAACUUUUGCCUCCGCAACAACAACAACAACAGCAGCAGCAGCAGCAACAGCCCAUCAAGCAGCAGCCGGGCAACAGCACGAUGGAGGCGCAGUACAUGCAGCAGCAGUCGCAGAUCUUCGUCUUCAGCACCAGCCUGGCCAAUAAAGCGGCCGAAUCGGUCCAUCAAGGACAAUUUCAGACCAUCAUCGCCUUCCACUGUUCCCAACCCGGAACGAAAAAGAUUCUCGAGAAAUAUCCGCCCAAGAAUCCAAACAACCGGAAUCCGCCCAACUGGAUGCAGCAGCAGCAAAUGCAACAGCAGCAAAUGCAUCAGAAACCGAAACAGAUGCAGCAGCAACAGCAUCAGCCGGGCGGACCCAAUCCUUACUGCCAAUCGAACAUGCCCAUGAAAGGCAUUGGCGGACAUUUCGGGACGGGUCCUGGCCCAGGACCGGGUCCGGGGAUGAGUCCCAAUCCCGGCAUGGGAGGAGGGCCUGGCGGCAUGAGCGGACCGGGCGAUUUCAAUCAAAUGGGUGGACCCAACACGAUGGGUGGAUGGAAUCCCGGAAAUGAACCGAUGAUGUCGAACAUGUCGAUGCCUAUGUCGAUGCCCGGUCAGGGCAUGAUGCGCGGGCCACCCGGAUCUCAGCAGAGCAACAUGGGGCCGUACGGUCAGAUGGGCAAUGCACCCGGAGGUCCAGGCGGGCCUGGCGGGUUGAUGCAGCAGCAACAGUGUUGUCCAACGGGUCCUGGUGGGCCGAAUCAUCCGACGGGGAUGGUACCCUGCGGUCCAGCCAGCGGUGGUGGCCCCGUUCCUUGCUCGUCGGCCGGUCCGAUGGGAAACCCCGGUGGUCCAAUGUGCGCCAACAAAGGAGGACCCGGCGGUAUGGAUGGAUCCAUGGGGCAAAUGGGUGGGCCAGGAUCAGCAGGAGGAAUGAUGGCCGGCAUUCCGGCUGGAAGUCCAAUGGGUAUGGGAGGACCACCAGGUCCAGGAGGACCAAUGGGCAUGGGAAACGGCGGCCGUCCUGGCAAUGGAAACAUGCCCGGCGGACCCAUGAUGUCCCAGUCGAUGCAAGCCGGAAACAUGAACAUGCCUCCAGGAGUUAAAAUCCCUGACGAGAACUUGACACCUCAACAGCGACAACACCGAGAGGAGCAGCUGGCCACCAUAAGGAAGAUGCAGCAGUUGCUCUUUCCUGAGAACGCUGGACCCGACGGUGGAAUUCCGGGCGGCAUGAUGGGCCCUGGAUCCAGCGGGAGUCCAUGCCCGACAGGUCCCGGCAAUCAACAACCCGGCAUGAUGGGUCCUAUGAGUGGUGGACCUGGAGGUCCACCCGGAAAUCAAGGUGGCAUGAUGAUGAUGGGCCAGCAACAGCAACAACCCCCUCACGGCAUGAUGCCCGGCGGCCCUGGUCAAAUGAUGAUGGGCGGUGGCCCCAACCCGAUGAUGCAGCAGCAACAGCCGCAGCAGCAGCAACAACAACAACAACAACAACCGCCUCCUCCGCCACCCCAGCAGACGACGUCAUCUAAACCGCCGGCCAAGAAGAAGCGAGGCGGAGCGGCGGCGGCGGCAGCGGCGGCCGCUGCAGCUGCAGCCGCGGCCAAUAACGCGGCGGGAGGUCCAGCACCAGGUGGAAAUAACGGGCCAUCCGGACCUAUGGGUAUGGGUGGCGGUCCGAUGGGUGGACCACCCAUGGGCGGAAUGAUGCCUAUGAAUAUGCCUCCCGGGAUGGGCAUGCCCGGCCAUCCACAAAUGCACGGCGGACCUAUGCAGCAGCAACAAGGCGGGCCGAUGGGACCCGGAGGAAUGGGUCCCGGCUCCAUGGGAAUGCAGAUGGGCAUGGGUGGACCUAUGGGGCCCAUGGGCGGACCAAUGGGUGGCCAGAUGGGUGGCCCGAUGGGAAAUCAAAUGGGAGGACCCAUGGGCGGCGGUCAAAUGGGUGGACCCAUGGGCAACCAAAUGGGAGGGCCUAUGGGUGGCGGCCAAAUGGGUGGACCCAUGAUGGGCGGCCCGAUGAUGAACCAGCACAAUAUGGGGCCUAUGGGGCCCAUGGGCCCCAUGGGCGGACAUAUGGGAAACCCGAACAUGAUGCCCAUGAAUAUGCAACCGGGCGGACCUGGAUCUGGUCCUAGUCCCGGCCCUCGAUUACCUCAAGGUGGACCAGGCAAUAUGAGAAUGCAAGGUCCACCUCCACCUUACCAUCAGACGCAGCGAUCGGCCAGCGUGCCCGGUUCGAUGACGAGCCCCGGCCCUGGUUCACCCAACGGCACCGCCGGCCUGUCAAUGCCUUCACCUCGAGCCGCAUCAGGGCUCAAUUCACCGGCCGAUGGCCAACGAGGGGGUUACCAACAGCAACAGCAGAGGAUACCGUCCGGGCCCAGCCCGUCUUCCUCCAAUCAUUUAAAUACUCCGCUCGACUCUCCGAACCCCAACAACGGCGGCGGAGGAGGUCGAUCGAUGAACCCCAGUAAUCCCGGUACACCUUUAGCUGGACCAGGACCACCUCAUGUCUCGCCCGGCAUGGGUAACCUCAUAUCUGCUGGACAACCUCAGCCUGAUGGCGUGUCGUUUGGCCGCCAGUUGCAGUCAUUUGCCCAGCAGAAACAGCAGCACGGUGGCCAGCAGCCGAAUAAACAGCAGCAGCAACAGAACGAGCCGAAUUUGAUGCCCGUUCCAUCGCCGCAGCAAAUACAGUACCUGAACGCGUUCGAGGCCCAGGAGCUGACCAUUCAAAAGCAGCCAAACACCAGCUUACGGGACACGGACAUUCUUUCGCCUUCGUUGCAGUCUGGGAAUAUGGACGGAAGCGGAUUAGGCUCAUCCUGUCCAGACUCUCAGGGCAACAACAAUCAAGGUCAGGGCCAUAAUCGAGGCAUGUCUGGCCCCAAUACCCCGCUCACGCCGUCUUCCAAUGCCAACGACUCGCUACCGCCUCGCUAUCCGGGUCAUAAUAACUCUUCUUCCUGCGGAGGUGGUGCUGGUGCCGGCCCGCAAACGCCGCACACGCCCAACCCUACCAACCCGUUUACGGUGCCCAGUCCCAGCCCAGCGGGUAGCAACAAUCAGUGUCAGCAGCAGCAGCAACAGCAGCAGCAGCAGAGCUCUAAUCAAAACAACAUGGCUGGACCUCACACACCUCUGGCCCCUACAGAGAAGGCCCGUUAUCCGGGCCCGUCUCCUGGCCAACAACCUCAGCAGCAGCAGCAACAACAGCAACAACAAGGGCCGCGGACACCCGUCAGUUCCAGCAUGGAUGGCAGUUCUGGCGGCAUGCCUCGAACGCCCGGCAGCAUCAACAUGGACAUGAUGGGCGGUGGAGGCGGCAACGGCGGAGGUGGAGGCAAUCGGUAUCCCGGCUCCAGUCCACAGAUGUCGGGAGGUCCUGCCAGUGUCGGUGCGCCUGGAUUCAACCAGAAUUCUGGAGGUCCCAUGAUGACUGGGCAAGGACCGGCAUCCUAUCCGACUGGCCCUGGUGGCCCCGGUAUGAAGAUGCCUUCGUCGCCUUUCCCGGACUUAUCGUCACCCAGGAUGGGUGGAGGAGGAGGAGGUGGAGGAGGAGGAGGGAUGGGCGACAUGAAUUCGAGCGGAAACUAUCCCGGUGCUCCGUCUGAUAUUCCGCUGAAUCCUGGCGGGACGCCCAACAACGCCAUGGGACCUUCGCCCAUCUCGUCGGGGCCCCCCAACAACAAGAUGUCAACUCCCUUCGAUCCAAUCUCAUCGAUGGCUCAAAUGUCGCAACAGCUGACGAGUCAAGUCGGCCCCGGACCGCCCAUGUCGUCAACGCCUCCACCAUCUAUGAUGAUGAUGGGUGGGCCGAACGGAAUGAUGGGCCCUGGCGGAAUGAUGGGUGGCAUGGGACCCGGUGGAAUGGGCGGACCUGGCGGACAGAUGAUGGGUCAAUUCAAUCCGUCUAUGCAUGGCAUGCAGGGAAUGCCACAGCAGAUGGGAGAUCCCAAUUCCAUGAUGAUGGGUCCCGGCAAUGGGGGACCAGGCCAAUCAGGACCUGGAAUGAACAUGCACGGCGGCUAUGGACCUGGACAUAACAUGGGCGGUCCUGGUGGCCAAAUGAUGGGUCCCGGAGAUCCGUCGAAAGGUGGCAUGAUGAUGGGUGGACCGCCAAGACCGUCGAUAUCGCCAGCAUUUCCCGGUCCCGGAAUGCAAGGAAUGCAGCAACAGCAGCAAGGCCCUAUCAAUGGACCAAUGGGCCCCAUGUCUGGUGGCAUGCCUAGAAUGAUGGGCGGCCCGGGCGGGCGAGGUCCCGGACCGUCUAGUGGCGGCCCGUUCAACGGUGCCAACGUUCAAGUGAAGGCGAGUGCGCCCAACACGAUCCAGUACCUACCUGCCAGACCUCAAACAACGGCGCCUAGCCCGAGAGGACCUCCAAGCUUAGAAUUUCUUCAGCGCUUCACUGGACCCAUGUCUGGCAACAUGGAUGGCGGCAAACCAGGAGCGGGCGGAGGAGGCGGAGGUCAGAAUCAGAUGUUUUUCAACAGCGGUGGUGGCGGAGGUGGUCCAGGCGGACCUCAUUCCGGCAUGGGUGGCAUGCCCAUGAACAUGGGCGGACCAAACGGACCUGGCAUGGGUCAGCAACCUGGAAUGGGAGGACCUAUGGGCAACAUGAACAUGGGCGGCAUGGGGCCUGGAGGUCCCAUGAACGGCCCGGGAAGUGGCGGCCCGGGACCUAACGGACCCAACAACAUGAUGAACAACCCAAACAACCCGAUGGGUGGACCAAUGGGUGGCGGUGGAAUGAACGGCCCUGGCCCCGGUGGUGGAGGUGGCGGCGUCAUGAGUCCAGGCAACGGUGGAAUGAAUGGACCGGGUCCUGGCAAUGGCGGACCGAUGGGAAUGCCUCAGCAAAUGGGAGGCAUGGGAAUGAACAACGGCCCCAUGAUGGGUGGACCCCAGGGUCCUAUGCAAAUGCAAAGACAUCCUGGACCCGGACCGAUGGGCAUGCGGCCGCAGCAACAACAACAGCAAAUGCAAUACGGUGGCCCACCGGGCAACCCGAUGGGCAACGAUCAAGGCGGCAUGUACAUGGGUCCAGGUGGCAACAUGGGAGGAGGUGGCAUGGGCGGCGGACCGAUGGGUGGAGGUCCGGGCAACAAUCCCAUGAUGAUGGGCGGCGGUGGAGGUGGACCGAACCCGAACAUGUACAACCCUUCAUCCGGUGGUGGUAAACCGUCGUCCGGUCCAGGCGGCGAUCCCAAUCAAGGCCCGCAGGGUGGAGGAGGAGGCGGCCCUGGUGGAUUCAAGUCCUCCCCGUUCAUGGGUCCGACCACUGCCGAUCCCAACUAUGCACAACAGUUCCAUAAUUUCCAGCAGCAGUUGUACGCCACGAAUACGAGAAGUCAAAUGAGCAACAACCAACAACAGCAACAACAACAUCAACACCAGGCCAUGGGUGCGGCCGGCCAGCCGGGCAACUUUUUCGGCCAUAAAUGAAGAUGAAAGUAAAAAGCAAUAAAAGAAGAGGGGAAAAAAAAAUGGUGUGUGUGGGUUUGUGUGUGAGUGUGAUUGUGAUUGUGAUUGUGAAUGAGUGUGUGCGAGAGAACAGAGUGCAUGAAUUUCAACUGUGGAACUUUUUGACAGAAGACACGGAAGAAAUAGCGGCCGGCCAGGUGCUCAGUUGGCUCUUGGCACAAGGCGCACAUCAUGACUGGACUCCGGUUAUAAAUCCUUACAUUUUUUUUUUUUUUCUUUUCUUUUCCGCUUUUUAACUUCUUCUCCCACCUUCCUUUUAACUCCUGUUGUGUACAGUGUUAUCACGUGACUUCUUGUCCACUUUUUCCACCCAACAUUCAAAAGACGAGACAGAGCGAGCUGAGAGAGACAUCUACCCGCCGACCAAACAACUAAAUCAACAUAAAACAAUCAUCGAUCAAGAUCAAGUAGAAAAAAGGAAAAAAAAAAAAGGAACUAUCGCAUACCUUUUAGAUCUUUCUCUUCUUGUGUUGCCAUUUUCUUUUUGUACCCGCGGUGAAAAUCAUCUGAUGAUUCUACCUCAACGUGAUUUUCGCGAAAAACAAACAAAUAAUUCGAAUAUAGUAGAAACAAUAUUUUGUUUUUUUUUCACUCCUCUCUCUCUCUCUCUCUGAGCUCCUCUGUUUCGUAUGUCCAAGAUUUGCAAAAAAACAAAAAACAAAAAAACAACGCUCUAUUCUGUAAAAGCCGUUGAGAUGUGCUGCGUUUAUUAUUAUACAUUUUUUUUUUCACUCCCGUCUCUUUUGCAUGGCUAAGAACAAUAAAAAAAAAAUCAUUAUCAAUGACAACUAUAUUGUGUUUGCGAAUGGAUUGCUUUUGUAUUCUGCUCCUGUUUAUUUGUUAGUUGGUUUAUUAUUAUUUUUCUGUGGUCUCUUGGAAAAUGUUUCAUUGUCGAAUGACUCGCGUCGUGUAUGUCUCUCUCCUUUGAUUUCGUUACGUGUCAUAUACAAUAAAUGCGGCUGGAGUAGAAUUUAAAACAAAUAAAAUAAAGAAAACAAAAAAAAAUAAACAAAAACAAAAUAAAAAAAAGUAAACAAAAAACAAGGCCCAACUGUAAUACUGAUGAUGACUCUAAAUUGUAUUCUUGUGUGUGGGUGUGUGUGUGAGCGAGCACACGAGCGAGCCUGUGAAUAUAUUUUGAGCUCGCUUUGUCUCUCUAUAUCUCCUCUGAUCACAAACGUUAUAAUAAUAAUAAUAAUAUCCUAAAACUUGUUGACAUUGCCCACGUUGCGUAUAGGCUGCGUGCUGUGUAUUCAUCCGUCAUUGAUUUUGAACGUGUUUUUUUUUUUGUUGUUUUAUUCCUGCAUUUUUUUCUCUGUAUUUUUGGUUUUUCUCCGUCUAUCUACAUCUUUGUGCUGCAAACGUGUUUUUUUUUUUUCACUCCCUCUGUCCUCGGCAAAACAAUACAUUGUACAUAGUGGUUUUUAUGAUAUUCUGCUGUUGUGUUUUUGUUUUGUUUUCGUUUUUUGUACUUCUAGAGAUGGAGAACGAAACAGGAAACACUAGAUCAACAAUUCAAAAAAAUGUUAUUGGACGCGUAAGUUUAAGUGAAAAUUGUAUACGUGGGAAUGGCAGGUGGUCGAAAUCCAAUAAUCACAAACUUGACAUCCCAAUGUUCAUAUCUAUCUCAAAGAGAAUACUUUGCGUACAUUAAUAUGCUUGUUCUAAUCGAAUCCAUUCAAAUUUCAAUAACCACAAUUGAAAUCAUUCUUGAUAGUGAAAGGAAAAUUCAACUUCUUACUAGUAUCGUUUUUACCAAACUUGUCUAGCAGAAGCUUUUCGUCUUGUGACAACGUGACUACGUUUCGUAUAGUCGGCGUAAACACGUAUGUGUCCAGAGUAUCUUCACGUGUCUAUUGUGCGUCUUUUAAAGGUUUUGUCAGACAACAGAUUUAAAGAAGAAAAUGGAAUGCAAUUCUACAGAUUUAUCAAUAAACCCUACUCUGGUAGAGAAUAAAAAUGAAACUGAAACGAAAUCAAGAUUUGUUGGCAGAAGAAGGAGAAGGACGUUGUCAUUGCCCAGUCAGUUACAUAAGGCCACAUUAUCAUCUGAUAGAGAGGAUAUGAAUUGGUGUCAGUUGAAGGUGAAACUUGAGAAAAGUGAUGAAAAUAGUGCUGACCAAAGAGGAGAUGGAUCCUCCAGCUCAAAGCCAAUGGAUGAAGUUGUAAUAAAAUCUGAACAUGGUCCACCUGUCCUGACCUACACCUUACGUAGCACAACACCAGUAA